CAGUACGCAUACUGCGUGGCGGUUGAUUAGGACUGCCUGCCAAGUGUGCACUUGCAUCUUCCGGAUUUUGAGCUGCUCCUGCCAAGUGCCAACCAUGGCUCCCAUCAAGGUCGGUGUAGCUUUGGACUGGACACCCAACACCAACCAUGCAGGAUUCUACAUCGCCAAGCAGAAGGGGUUCUACGAGGAGGCGGGACUGGAGGUGACCAUUGUGUCGCCCCAUGUGGAUGAGUACAAGGCAACUCCAGCGUCCCGGGUGGCCGACGGCUCAUGCAUGUUCUGCGUGACGCCGUCCGAGUCCGUCAUCUCGGCGCACACCUGGCCCGCCGGCACGCCGGGAGCCAAGCCCAAGUUCGUGGCGGUGGCCACACUGCUGCAGGACUCGACGUCCGCCAUCGUGACGCUGGCCUCCAGUGGCAUCGCCCGGCCGGCACAGCUGGACGGCAAGACCUACGCCAGCUACGGCGCGCGCUUCGAGGGCCGCAUCGUGCAGCAGCUCAUUCGCAACGACGGCGGCAAGGGCGACUUCCUGGAGAGCACGCCGCCCAUGCUGGGCAUCUGGGAGACGCUGCUCAAGGGCGAGGCGGACGCGACCUGGGUCUUCAUGGGCUGGGAGGGCAUCGAGGCCAAGCGAAAGGGCGUGGAACUUAACGCCUUCGGCCUGGAGGAGUACAAGAUGCCGUACGGCUACAGCCCCCUGCUGGUGGCGCACCCCGACACAGUCAGCAACCAGCCCGAGGUGGUCCGCUCCUUCCUGGCCGCCACCGCGCGUGCCUACGAGUGGGCGGCCGCGCACCCUGCCGAGGCCGCCGAGCUGUUCCUGACGGCCGUGGCGGCGGAGCACGCGGCGCAGCCGGCCCUGCCGCAGCCCCUGGACCCCGAGGUGGUCAAGGAGUCGCAGGCGUACUUGGCCUCCCACUACCUGGACGGCCAGGGCCGCUGGGGCCACAUGCAGCCGGGCGUGUGGGACCGCUUCGUGGACUGGCUGUGCGCCAGCGGCCUGCUCACCAGCAAGGUGCAGAGCCGCGCCGUGGGGGCGCCCGGCACCACCAGCCUGGACGGGCUUCGCGCCGGCGACGUGGGCGAGCCCAUCCCGCGCGCGGACGUGGACGUGGCCGCCAUGUACAGCAACGAGCUGCUGCCGCCCAGCAAGCACAGCGCCAAGUAGAAAGCAGAGGAGAUGCGGCGAAGAGGGGACGGGCCAGUGGGUGGAAGUUGCAGUGGUGGGCAGGAUGGGCAGGAUGGGCAGGAUGGGCGGGAUUUGGCUUCUGGGUGUGGUGGACAAGGAACGCUCAGAGGAGGGCGGGGCAGGCCGCUGCGGCGGUGCCUGUGCGCUGCACACGCAGUAGAGUGACGAAGUUGUGCAACUGGUCGUGGCAUGCAAGGAAGCUGCAAGGACAAUGAAAGGUGCUGCGUAUGGCAUGUGGUCUGCUGCUUGCCGUGUGUCUGUGAGACGACACACAUGCCCGAGUUCAUUGUCAUUCAUGAAAGGCUUGGAGCAACACCAUGCGAUGUACAAAUUGUGAGGUUGCCGUGUGCAGGCAGCCCGCAAUGGGCGUGAACUCGUCAAGGAAAGCGUGCACUUGCGCCAGACAUGCACGACCAGGACGCUUCAAGUAGCAGCCCCCGCAUGUGACACCUUUUCGGGCCCAGCCCCC